AAAGCCACAGACAACAGUACUACUAGCGCCGCACUGCUCUUGCGUAGCCCAGUCACAUUAUCCUCAGCACUCAGUGCAUGCGAGUCUUUGUCCGAGAAUCUAUGGUCACCCUCUACCUUGCCCUUCAAUGCUGGUUUGAACAACAGUCUUGCAUACGAGGUUUAUAGUGGACGUCUUGCGAGCAACCAACUCAUGUGGAUUACCCAGUCUCACCCCACCUGGCAGUCCAAGCAUCUUGGACCUCCGCAAUGUCAAGCGAUGGACGUUCAUGGACAGAUUCACCAAGUCAGCUGCAAAGCAAAACUCCCGACUCUUUGCUCUCAGACCGCGCCAGCAUCUAAUAUCACCUACGCAGACAACUCUCUGCCAUAUCAGAUUUCCCAAUCUGUUGGCUCGCAGACACUUGUCGGGUACCGUGACUUCUUGACUUUUCGAUUUAUGGGCGUUCGAUUCGCUGCCGAGCCUGAGAGGUUUACCUACUCUUCUGUCUAUGGAGGGACAGGCACCAAUAAUGCUCUCGAACCUGCGCCUGAAUGUCUGACGUUGCCGAACAAUGGCUCUACAGACUGUCUAUUCCUCAACAUAUGGACAACUAGUCUACCUGGAUCUGCCAAGAAAGACCUCAAGCCAGUCAUGGUCUACAUCUACGGAGGCGGAUUCACGACUGGAUCUGCAAGCAACCCAACGAACGAUGGCGGCAACCUAGCUGCACGAGGCGAUGUCGUCGUUGUCGAUAUCGCAUAUCGCCUGUCUACUCUUGGCUUCCUUGCUCUCGAUGAUGGCGUUCACAAUGGCAACUACUUCCUCUCUGAUCAGAUUGCCGGUUUGGAAUGGGUCCAAAAGUAUAUUGAGAACUUUGGAGGAGACCCAACUCGUGUCACUAUUUUUGGUGAGUCGGCUGGAGCAGAGUCUGUCAAUGCUCUUAUUGCUUCGCCUAAGGGUAAAGGUCUUUUCCACGGAGCGAUCUUGCAGUCAAACUAUUAUCAACCUUAUGUCCCGUUGGCUACCGCGAUCAACCAGACCACGGUUCCUAUUCUCAACCAGACAGGUUGUGCUACUGCGGCCGAUCAGUUAGCGUGUCUCCAAGCGUACAAUGCUACCGCGUUGAUCAGCCUUAAGACUGUCUUCAACUACCCAGUGGUCGAUGGCGCAUACCUCGUGUCCGACUUCAUCGAUCUCAACAGCACGACCACCCUUACCAAUCGCGUGCCAGUAGUCAUGGGCGUGAACCGCGAUGAAGAAGGUGUGCUCGGAACAGUCUACCCAACCACAGACUUGACUAUCGGCAUUGAAGAUUUCGCCACUGCAAACCACCUCAAUGCCAGCAACAUCCUCGACUCUGAUUUGUUCCCUCUCGGCACCAGUCACACCAACAAUGCGACUCUGAACGUCUUCAACACCACAACCCGCAUCUCGACCGACCUCUCCUUCCGCUGCGUCAACCAGUUCGAAGCCUAUGCAGGCGUAAAAGAUGGCGUGUUGCCCAACAUCUGGUUCUACGAGUUCAAUCGCACAUACCAAGAUCCAGCAUACAAUCCCAACCUCGUGUGCGCCGCUCCAGUCACACCAUCCCAUCCUUACGGCGACCCUUCACAAGAAUACUUCAAAUGCCAUGCUGGAGAUCUCGCAAACACUUUUGGCAAUGUGGCUCGAGUCGGCUUUCCCGAUCGUGAUGGCUUGGAUGCAAAGUUUGGGCAACUGAUGACUGAUUACUGGACUAGCUUUGCGUGGAAUCUGGAUCCGAAUCCGGAUGUUGAGUAUUUGAAGGUGAGAGGGUACUGGAACACUGUUAAUCAGAUUGAGAAGUCGGGGUCUUGGGAAAAGGUGGAUGCGGCAGAGCCGAGGAUGAUGGAGUUGCAGUGGAACUCGGUCAUGAUGCCGCUCAGAGAUGUUGAGCAGUGUGCUAUCUUGGGUUACCCGCUGGAUUACCUUACUCAGUAG